UGGUGAACUGAGAAUAGAGUUUUAAGCGUGAUCAACAAGUGGGCGCUCUGGGAACUAUCUAGUAGCCCUACUGCAUUUAGAAGUAGCGGCCAUUCAUUAUGCUGAGAAGAAGGGGGACUUUAUAUGAAAAUUAGAUGCCCAAGGUAUCUGGACUUCUCUCUGCAGAUCAAUGAGUAUACAAGGCACGAAAAGGUUGUCGUUUGUGUUCUGAUAACUUGUGAAUGGAGAGGGGAAUGCUUCGGAAAGAGGAACGCACGCUUUAAACACCCGCUAAAUUCGAGUGUCCAGUGUCAUGAAACUAAAUCCACAGCAAGCUCCGCUAUAUGGUAAGUGUCUUCUGACGGUGCAGCUGGGUGAUGGAGAGCGUUUGGAGGAUGUAGAGUUCUACCUGCUGUUUGCUGGCACCACCCAGAGGCACCUGACCAGUACUUUGAGGAUAAGCCAUGUCACCCUACAGGCUGUGUGCCCAGCCCAUGACUGCUGUGAGUCGGUGCAAGUCACGCUGUGCUCUGCGCGGUCUGAUGGCUCGGUGGACCCUGUGGCCGAGGAGCGCUUCCAAUUCGUCCAGGACCUGGCCUUCGACAUGGCCCAGUUCCUGGUGAGCGCUGCAGGGCGGGCCGACGGUCUGGAGGGGGCGCUGCUGCUGGAUGAGUGCCAGAUCCCCCUGCAGGAGUGUGAGCGACUGGACGAGAGCCUCUCCCUGGCACUCAGACACCUGGCCCUGCCCCAGGGGUGGAGCGUCCUGGGCGCCAACGUAGGCACACCACCAGGUACCAACCUGGACAACAGCAUUGCUGAGCCCGCUCCACACGAGACCCUCUUGCACUUUGCGGCUCGGCGCGGUCUGCGGAGGGUGGCCCUGUUCCUGCUCGGGCAGCCAGGAGGCAGAGAGGCUCUCAGACUGCCCAACAAGCAGGGCUCUACACCAGUCAGUGUGGCAGAGAAGAGGGGCCACGACCAGCUACAGCAGCUCUUCACUGAGGUUGAGACCUUGUCAGAGACCCGGAUAAAGACGGAGGAGAGGCAGUGUUACCCAGGAGGCCGAGUGCUGCAGCACCACCCUAAACUGAACACAUACACCCUGACGGUGGACACGUUGCUAGGGAAACCUCUGCCCAGCCUAAAGGAAGAGGUGGAGGAGCUACAGAAACUCAUACAGCGCCACAGACACAACAAGGAAGAUCAUGUGCUCCAGCAGCAGUCCCCAGAUGAGCUGAACACUACAGCAGGAUCCAGUGGCAUCAGCAACACAUCAGCACACUCAGCCACAGAGUCCCAGCCCCCCCACAGCCAUGCCCAGCAGCGGAGAGAGGGCGAGACUCCAGCUUUCAGCGCACCAUCCUGUGAAGACCAGCAGGAGGAAGCUGAUAGAGAGAGGACAGGCGUAAUCACUGCCACGCAGGGCAGCAAGGCAGGGCGCUGUAAAAGGAACCAGGAAGAGAAAGAGAAGAGGAGAGCAGAGACUGAGACAGGCGAUAAGGCUGUUGCUGCUCCGACAAAGGCUUCACGAGCCAUGGGCCACACGCAGUCUCAGGAACACACGGAACACACGGAAGCUAAGCAUCAGCCCCCGGGGACUACAGGCAGCAGCAGAAGUGGCUGUGGGGACACAAGCGUUCAGAGGACUAUGGAAAGGCAGGGCGAGCCUGAGAACAUCCAGGAGAUGGAAUCUGGGGCUCCUGUGGAGAAUGGACAGCACGAUGGACAUAGCGGUGAGGUUGAGGUGGAGUAUGCUGAGGCCACUUCUGAAUGUACUCUUCAGAUUUUGACGGGAGCUGUGAGCCGCCAUGAGGCACAAGCUGUAGAGGCACAGGACUCCGAACAAAGACAGGAAACCACUACAGCAGUGACAAGUUAUUCUGUGGAACCCGAGUGGGCCGAUAACAGCAACCAGACCCGGGAGUCUGAGAGGGGCGGUAUAGACGAAAGAAAGACAGAGGCAGGAAACCCCAGCCAACAGACCAACGGUAGCACUGAGACAACCAGCAGCAGAAGUGGAGAGACUGACACAAACAGCAUGAAGCAGAGCCCCAUUAUGGUGGAGGGAGAGAUCAAGAGCAGCCAUUCACACGGACCAGGUUACGUUACAGCAAAAGAACCCAGUGAGCAGCAGGUUCUGGAUCAGCAAGUUGAGGAUACAGUGGAGGUAGUGGCAACCUCACCACAGCCAAGGCAGGACCAGGACGGCACCCACAGCCAGGGCCACGAGACUGGGCAGGAAUGUGAGGAACAGCCGUCCACUGACUUAGCCAGCAGAACAGCUGAGGACAGAGAGAGUGGAGAGACCAUGGGGCGACAACACUAUGAUGUCACGGUCCACACAUCGUCUUUUGAGGAAGGGGAACUCGUCCAGUCGGUCGGCUGCUCCACAGACAAACUGUCUAAGGAGGGGACAGUCACAGGACAGGAGGCCCCUGGGAAGAAGGUGUCUCUACAGUGGGCAUCGUUAGAAGAGGCAGACUCUCUGGCGUGUAGAGAGGAAAUAGCAGCCACAGCAGUAGCAGUGGUGGCCGUAGCAGUAGCAGCUGCUGUAGCAAGCCUAGAACAAUGCAACUCCAACUCCAUGCUGGAGGGAGGCCAGGUACAGGAAGCUGCCGCAGAGAUCCAGAGUAAGCAUCAGACCGGACCCAAAGACACUGCACGAAGGUCAGGGGUCACGGUGUCUGAGGCCACUGAGAACCUUAGCACCUCAGACAGGGGUCCGACUGUCUCAGCAAGUCCGUUAGAGGAGGAUGUGAUGGUCAAGAACCCCUCAAAGGGAGCGGAUGAGCCUCAUGUCAGACAGGGAGAGGAGAACAGUGAUCUGUCCAAUACCACACGUGGGAGUGAGAAUGGAGUGGAGGCCAGACUACCAGGCCUGAGUCUGACACAGGAAGAAAGUGUAGAAGCCAGCAGACAGUGUGCAGACUCCCACUCGCACACGUUGUUACAUGAUGAAAGGGCUGUGGACAGACAGAGUGGUGAGGUCAUAUCCUCCUCCUCCUCUAUCUCCCCAGAGAGAUCCUCAGAGCUGACACAUCAGGAGGCCAUCCCAGAGAGCCCGACCCCACCAGCCCCACCUGAACAUACACAUACACCCAGUGACUCGACCCUGACCACCCUUACACACCCAGACAGUGGUACAUCCCUGAAUCCAGAGCUGACUUCCCCCUUGGAGCUAGACAAUGGAACAGGCCUGGAUGACGAGCAGUACAGCUCCUCUGUGGAAGUAGUCAUUGGCAUGUCCUUGGGCCUUCAGUCUUCAGAUACACUGGAAAGCCUGGAUGGAGUGUGUGUGAGAAAGCUGGAUACUAAAGACGAGCAUUCUGAAGCUUUAAGACAGCUUGACAAGCCAGUGAAAGACAAAGAAAUAGUCUGUCCAUCCCAGGGAGAAGAGAAGGAGAAGAAGGAAUCCCUCUCAGACACAGCAGACUCUACACUGAUCCACAAAGAGAAGGAGUCAUUUUACCCUGUCCAGCCCUGCACAGAUCCCACACUACAGGUGAAGACCACGAUCCCAGAAUGCACAGAAUUCCCAGUAUCCGCAUGCUCAGAGAGUGUUGGAGGCUCUGUGUCGACCACUGGUGCCCUGCGGGACUCAGUCAGUGAUUUGGACAGUCUGGGAGAGAACAGUGUCUUCAGAAAGGGAGAGGAGGCUGUGACUGGGCCAAGUGAAAGCAACAGUGGUGUGUCGGUGUCCUUCUCCUCCAUAGACGACGUGGCCAGUGUGGGUCCCCUCAGCGCCUGCUCCCAGGGCAGUGUGGGUCCCCUCAGCGCCUGCUCCCAGGGCAGUGUGGGUCCUCUCAGUGUCUCCUCCCAGGGCAGUGUGGGUCCUCUCAGCGCCUGCUCCCAGGGCAGUGUGGGUCCCCUCAGCGCCUGCUCCCAGGGCAGUGUGGGUCCUCUCAGUGUCUCCUCCCAGGGCAGUGUGGGUCCUCUCAGCGCCUGCUCCCAGGGCAGUGUGGGUCCUCUCAGUGUCUCCUCCCAGGGCAGUGUGGGUCCUCUCAGUGUCUCCUCCCAGGGCAGUGUGGGUCCUCUCAGCGCCUGCUCCCAGGGCAGUGUGGGUCCUCUCAGCGCCUGCUCCCAGGGCAGUGUGGGUCCUCUCAGCGCCUGCUCCCAGGGCAGUGUGGGUCCUCUCAGCGCCUGCUCCCAGGGCAGUGUGGGUCCUCUCAGCGCCUGCUCCCAGGGCACUGUGGGUCCCCUCAGCGCCUGCUCCCAGGGCAGUGUGGGUCCUUGGGCAGGGGCGGGGGCAGGGGUGUUGAGCACUAGGGCCAGUUGGAGUGCCGGAGACGCCUGGCAGACGACAGGGAGGGGGGGAGAGGAGGACGAGAGGAAAGAUAAGCUGACAGAGGUGCCUGUGUGCUCUAUCCGCUCACUCUCUCCGUUCCGCCGGCACAGCUGGGGCCCGGGGAAGAAUCCCGCAGGAGACACAGACAUGAACCAACGCAGUUUAUUGCAAGGUCAAGGGGAAGGGAAGCCUCGAAAGCCAACAUUUCAUAGGAGAAGUAUGAGCUGGUGUCCCUCCAACGUCCCCCCUCCCCACCCGGAACAGAUUGAUAGCAGAAGUUACAGUUUGGAGGGUCUGGCUGGAGAGGAGGAUGCUGGGAAGAUCUCCUCUGGUGUGGGAACUGUUGCGCGUCUGGACAGUGAGGAGAGGGGCUCACUUCUGUCCCUAACAGAGGAGCAGGAGUCAGACCUGGGAGACUACAUCAGCCUCGACAGCCAGAAAUCAGGAAGAGUUCUGCCUGUGAGACACAGCUGUCCCUCCAUUCCUCACCAAGCACUCACAAAGUCGGUGUCCAUGCUGGCCAUCAGUCACAGAGACCUGGAUGGAAUGGGAUCGGCAUCACUAGAGCACAGCAUCUCUGAGGAGGACCCGGGGCCACUGCGGAGCGACUCUGAGGGGAGACAGGGGACCAAGGUCAGCCGCACCUUCAGUUACCUCAAGAGCAAGAUGAGUACUAAGAAGAACAAGGAGAAAGAGAAGGCUCAGGGGAAGGAUAAAGACUCCAAGGAGAAGGAGAAAAAAAACCUGAACGGCCAUCUCUUCAGCUCUGUGAACCCAGCCCCAUCCGCAACCUGCCACCAAUGCAUCAAACCCAUUAUCACUAAAGAAGCCUUCCUCUGCACCAACUGCAACGCACAGGUCCAUAAGGGCUGCAGAGAGCGUCUUCCUGUGUGUGUCCAGGUCAAAAUGAAGCAGCAGAAGCAGCAAACGGUGCCAGAUUCUGCGUCCAUAUCCGGAGUCAUGUUGAGAAGUAAAUCUACAUCAUCGACAUCGUCUCGGGAGCGUCCGUGGUCUGCCAUCUUGUCCCCUGAUGACCAGGCCAUGGUUACGGUGGCAGCGGUGGUGCCUCGCAGGAAUCACAGCAUCCUCCCCUUUAACAAAAGCAACCUGUCCAAGAGCAUCUCCAUCAGCAACAUCGCAGGGCCAUUGAUGGAUGAGAUGCCACUGAAAGGCCUGAAGUACCUGUCCCAGUCCACAGACUCACUGCACAAGACCUCCAAGGUCAAUGAGUCCACUGAGUCUCUCACUGAUGAAGGGACUGAGAUGAUGGACAGCCAGCUGAUGGGAGAGUUUGAGGCAGAGUCUAAGGAUCUUGAGGCAGACUCCUGGACCUUCACUGUGGACAAGAAGUAUGUGAAGGGGCUCAAGAAGGAGGUGGUCAAGAGACAGGACGUCAUCUAUGAGCUGGUCCAGACAGAGAUGCACCACGUACGGACGCUGAGGAUCAUGUCUGAGGUGUACAGUAAGGGCCUGCAGAAGGAGUUGCAGCUGGAGGCCCUGACGGUGGAGCGGGUGUUCCCCAUGCUGGAGGAACUCCUGGACCUACACACAGACUUCUUCACACACCUCCUGGAGCGCAAGAGGGAGUCUUCAAUCGAAGGUCGGGAUGACGGGAGCUUCCUCAUCCACAAGAUAGGAGACGUCCUUGUCUCACAGUUCUCAGGGCCCAAUGCGGACCGCAUGAAGAAAGUCUACGGGAAAUUCUGCAGUCGCCACAACGAGGCAGUUAACUUUUAUAAGGAGCUUCACACCAAAGACAAACGCUUCCAAGCCUUCAUUAAGAAAAAGAUGAGCAGCACAAUCGUCCGAAGACUAGGCAUUCCAGAGUGUAUCUUAUUAGUGACACAGCGAAUAACCAAGUACCCCGUGCUACUACAGAGGAUACUGCAUCACACCAAAGAGAAUGAGGAAGACCAUGAUGAUAUAACCCAGGCUCUGAGGCUGGUGAAGGAGAUUCUAAAUGCAGUGGACAACAAGGUGAACGAACACGACAAGAAGAAACGGUUGAAAGAAGUGUACAGUCGUACGGACAGCAAGUCCAUUCAGAGGAUGAAGAGUGGCCAGAUGUUUGCACGGGAAGACCUGGUGAGAGGCAGGAGGCUGCUGCAUGAUGGACCACUGCAGCUCAAGAACUCUGCAGGCAGACUAAAGGAUGUCCAGGCCAUGCUGCUGUCCGACGUCUUUGUGUUCCUCCAGGAGAAAGACCAGAAAUAUGUCUUUGCCUCACUGGACCAGCGGUCCACGGUGAUCUCCCUGCAGAAGCUGAUUGUGCGUGAGGUGGCUAAUGAGGAGAGGGGUCUGUUCCUGAUCACAGCGGGGAUAGAGAAGCCAGAGAUGGUGGAGGUGCUGGCCAGCACCAAGGAGGAACGCAACACCUGGAUGCAGCUCAUACAGGACGCCAUGCACUCCAUAGAGAAGGAUGAUGAUGAGGGAAUCCCCAGUGAGACCGAGGAAGACAAGAGACUGCUAGAGACCAAAGCACGGGAGAUUAGAGAGCUGCUGAGGAAGAAGGAUGAGCAGAUCAUGAGUCUAUUGGAGGAGAAGGUGAAGGUGUUCAGGGAAAUGUGUGAGGGUGGCAGCAGACCAGCAGAGGAGACCAGACCAACCCAGUCCAUCAGGGCCAGAAUGCUGUUUAGAGCCACCCCAGAUGACAUCACCAAGGGAGAGCCCAUCAUGAAGGAUGCCCUGAGGGAAGUGGAGACUCUCCAUGUGCUGGUGAAUGGAAGUCUGGGCGGGGCCGUGGGGCAGCAGGUGUCCAGUACCCAGGAUGCAUCAGGGGGCAGUGUGGGGCCGGUGUGUCUGCCUCGCCGCGCUGAGACCUUCGGAGGCUUCGACAGCCACCAGAUGAACAUCUCCAAGAACGGAGAGAAAGAAGAGGGGGAUGACUCAUUAGACCUUCGGAGGACUGAGUCAGACGGCGUGUUAAAGAAGGGGGGCAACAACAACCUACUGCUGCUGCUCAAGAGGAACAGUGAGCAGGUCCUCCAGAGUGUCACACACCUCCAUGACCUCCUCAGCACACUGCAGGCAGUGGUGGUGCAGCAGGACACCUUCAUCGAGGACCAGCGUCAUGCUCUGGCUGAGCGGCCAGCCUCACGCCACUCCUCCACCUCCUCCCUUUCCUCCUCCUCCUCACGGCCCAACUCCCUGAUUGAGCAGGAGAAACAGCGCAGCCUGGAGAAGCAGAGGCAGGAGGUGGCCAACCUGCAGCGCCAGCAGGUGGCCCACGCUGAUGAGAGGAGGAGGAGGGAGAGGGAGUGGGAGGUGAGGGAGUCGGGGCUGGGCGACAGGGAGGUGCAGGUGAAGGAGCAGGAGGAGGAGACAGUAAAGAGGCGUAGGCAGAUGGAGGAGGAGAGGAAGGAGCUCUUACGGAGGAAGGAGGAGUACCAGAGGGAUCUGGAGAGGCUGAGGGACGCCCAGAGAAAGCUGGACAGAGACAAGGAGACGCUGCAGCGGGAGGCUGAGAUGGUGGAGCAGAUGAAGAAAGCCGAGGUAGAGCAGGCACACAGGACCCAGCGGACGCCCUCCACCACCUCAGAGGAGUCCAUGAAGUUUCAGAGCUCCACCUCUCUGGAUAAAGAGCCUGGAGGAGGGGAAGCAGAGCUGUCCUCCUCCCCCGCCACCAAAGAACCCUUCCUCAGGAUGGGCUCCAAGAGGAAAGGGAAGAACCUGAACCCCUUCUCCUCCUCGUCCUCUUCCUCCAACGCCAGCUCCAAGGCCCAGAGCUGCACAGAGGGCCAGAACCAAAUCCCUAACCGCCUGAUGCAGAUGGCCAAGACCAAGGACAAGGAGAAGAAGAAGAAGAAAGGGAAGGGGCAGCAAUCACAGCCAGAUCCUGAAAACACUGGGGGCACAGAGCCUCAGGGCGACGGAAAGAUCUUCUUCUGCUGAUCCCUCUGUCAUCCACUAUCCCACAAUGCCCCACACUCACUGCAUCAACUGACUGCCAGACCAUGUAGUAGUGUGGCCAGAUAGACAUGCACCCCAUUGACAUACUGUACCCUACCCACUGAUCUGGACCUGGAGGGGAUGGCCAUGGACAGGAUGUACAGCUUGAGCACUUCCUGUGAACUUAUUACGGAACCAUGCAGACACUUCCCGCUUAGUUGCCACUGAAUUGUCAAGGUGUAACUUUUGGAUGAAGAUAAUUCCGGUUUGAUUCUGUGGUGAAGCUGCACGUCUGCUGUGGCAUGGAUUGGAUUGGUAUGCAUGGGUUGGUUACUUUGGUGUUUGAUAGUGUUCAGAAAUGAUUUGGACAGUUUCAGGAAUUUUACCAUGGCUAGAAGAAGAUUUAGCAUUCAUGAAGUAUACAGUAGCUGACAUUCGUUUUCUAUGUGAAGGGAAGAUUUAACAGAGCAGGUGUCGUAGGGGAGUGACUGUGGUAGAAUGUUCUGCAUUUCACAAAUUCAAGUAUACCCUAAUACCCAAUAUGACAAAAGAGAGCAUACAGUACACCCUAUUCAACAAUUCCAGUUGAGUGAGUAAAGCUUAUGUAAUAGUGUUUAUUGACAUACUUCUAAAGGUAUUGCUUAACACUGGGCCCCAUAAUGCUUCGUUCCCGCCUGUAAGGAACUACAGCCUCAUUCAUCCCAUCAGCACUACAUCAGUUGUAAAGAAAGGCAACUCAAGGCUAGAGAAGACGAGACUAACCACAGAGUCCGAGUUGUGAGAAGAGGAUGAAUGAGUCUGGGAGAAACGGAAAACAAGACAAGCCAAAGAAAGAGAAAGAAUAGCUUGUAAUGGAGGAGAGAAAAGAGAGAGAGAGAGAUGAGUGACGAAGAGGAAGAGCUGAAGAGAGUGUGUAAGGAAGCGAAACUCAAAGACAUAGUGGCUGACUUGCUUUUGUCGCUAUUGUCCACUUUGCAAUUGAAUAUAAUGAUGAUGAACUGUUAGACGCUACGGUUCCAGCUGACUGAAUGGGUAGAAGAAACAUUUGCGGUACUUGUUUCUAUUCCUCCACUGCACACUUGAGUUUGAAUUUGUGAACCCUUUUAUUUGUCAAUCACUGCAAUGCAAUACUGGCACAGGGUUUGAAGUUGAUGAUAAUAUUCACUCUGUUACAAGUGGCAAGACUUCCUGCUUUACAAUGAGUGACAAUCAUUCAAUAUACACAGACUAAAUCGAAAUCCAGACUGAUUAAGGGAUAUCUAUCUCACAAGAAUGGAUUUACAGAAACAAAAGUUCUGAUUACAUUUUUGGGUAAUAUUUUAAUGCUGAUAUUGGAAUAGAUGAAUCUAGCCCUGACCAACCAUUCCCAUUGGAAUUACACUGAUACUGUAUAUCUGCCUGCAGGACAGGCUGUUCGUCUAUUAGUAAAACCAAACCAAACCUUUCCUCUGUACAAAACCCCAUAUUUCCCUAUUUUCCCUGCAGUCUGCUCUAGUAUUGGUAGCCUGUGGUACCAUAAGCUCUCUUGUGCCUCUCAAAUAGUCCAGAAUAAUUAAUGUCCCUGUAUUUUCUUCAUUUAUAUUUUUACGCGCAUGCUCCAGUCUUGGGUUUUGAUCCAUAUAACCAGGGGUGCAUUAUGCGUAAUAUUUCAGUUUUGUCGUUUCUCUUUACUGCUGAUGAGCAGAAUUUAAAAUGAAAGCACAGCAAAGUCCUCUUCUGACUCUGUAAAUCUGAAAUAUGGUGCUAAUCAUCAGUCACAUAGGCUGUGUUUACACCCAAAUCUGAUCUUUUUAUCACUAAUUGGUCUUUUGACUUAUCAGAUCAGCUCUAAAAAAUAUAUAUGAUCUGAUGGGUAAAAAUACAAAUUAGUGGAAAAAAUAUCAGAAUUAGGUUGCCUGUGUAAAUGCAGCCUAACUGUUCUGCUUUUUCUUGUCUGUGUUGGUUUAUCUUGUUUUGACCAUCAGAUGGCGCUGUGGCAAUCUUCAUAAUUCACCACCACUAUCUACUCUGUGGGAUUUGUCAUCUUGAUAUUUCACAACAAUUCCCCCUGGUCAUAUAUAUGCAAAGUGAAUCACCACGUUAACAUGGUGUUUAAUGGCUUGUUUAGUGAUUUUACAAAAGUGAAAGCAUAGGGAGGGAUCAUUGGCAUUUUGAUUGAUUGGUUCAUUCACACUUACUGACUUGCCUUAAUAGACAUAUUCCGCUUUUGACAGGUGUGAACGUUCUUAGACCCUACCCUUUAUCACUUGAUAUUCUUCUGGGAAUAUCUGCUACUCAUCCCUUCAACAACUGUCAUGGCCGUCUACAGUAUAGAUGUUGAGCAGUGCUACAGUUGCUCUGAAAUGUUGUACAUGAUGCAUUGUGGCAAAUGCAGAGAUAGGGGAGACCAUUAUGAUCAAAUUGAAAUGCACUAGAAUAUUAGCCAGCAUCUGUGAUGAGUUGGAGUGGGUUUUACAGUUAUACUGUAUAUCUGUGCUUUUAAAGUAAUUUGUUGUUUGUACUAAAAAGGUACAAUUUGUAUUUCUUGCGGAAUUUCAUGUAAAAAGAAAAAAAAGGGCAAAGCAACCAUUAUGUAAAUAUGUGUCAUGUACAAAUUUAACUUUUAAAGUAUUGUUUGUGGAUUUUUGGAUCGAUUUAAGCUUUUUAUAAUGAGGCUUUAUUUAUCAGUGUCCUCCCUGUUUUGGAGGUAUAAAAUGUAAAUUCAUUUUUCUCUUAAUAAAUAACUAUUAUUGUUUGUCAACUGA